AUGAUGGUUCACCCCUUUGACAUAGUUCCAGCACCGUCGAAAGCAGAGCAGAUUAUGGCAAGGUAUAGACCUAUUGCCCCUAAGCCCCAAGUAUCCCAACCCCACAAUGGGGACACCUCUCCCAUCACAGACAAUAACCUCCUCCCUUGCCUCAUGGGCCUCCCUCCGGCAUCAGCUCAGUCCCUUCUCAUAAGCAAGCCCAGGAGAGGCAGGAAAAGAAGAACCAACUUCCUCGCUUCUCCUAGAACCAAGAAGGCAAAAAUCCAACUAGUAGGGGCCGCUUCCCUUCCUACAAUCACUACUUUGGAUCUUACUUUGCAAGGCUUUCACCACAACCUUGCUGGCUUUGCCUUUGGAAAUCUAGGUUUCGUUAGCAAGUUGAAAAGCCCAACAACUUCCCCUGCCCCUAAUUUCUUCAACCUCUCGUUCUUGCCUUUUCCAUCUUCUAUCGUGCCUCUGCAUGAAUCAGUGCUUACGAACCUCACAGACAUGGCCUCUUCCAAUCAAAACCACAAGUUUGAACAUGCAGCAGCAGAGGAGAAAGAUCUGCUGCAGAAACUGCAGGCACCAUCAAGCCCCGGAGGGACGAGCCAUGGGCAAGUGAUAGCGCCUCAGCCGGUGAAGCCGGUUGGCUCCACCAUUAGCGUGAGGAGCAUAUGCGAGUCGGACGCUGGGGCUUCCGCUGUUCCUGCGUGCAAAAGGCCAGAGGAAGUAGAAGAAGAGAUGGAGUCGGAAGCCCUUCCUGCUGUUGUGUCUGAUUCCAACAACAGGGUCAGGUUGGCGAAUUCGGCCUACAAGGAACUGGUGGGCCAACCAGAAUGCUCUUGGCUGGACUCCAUGGUAGCUGGACAUGGGAAGCUGAGGCCGGCAGCGAAGAGGAUCAGCGGUGAGGUGAUGCUGCUUCUCGCGGAUUGCCCAUUGCCCGACUCUUCAAAUGCAUUCUCAUGCACAGUGAAGAUAGAGUGGGAGAAUAAUGGGCAGAAGGGCUCCACCGCCGCUGCAUGCAAUGUCACUAGACUCUCUUGCGAGUCUAAGGACUAUCUCUUCACAUGGAGAUUUCAUGUAACUAGCGAAGCCUGCGAUGCUAGUUGAUAUGUCGUGUGAUUGUGAUCGUGAUCAAAAUUACGGGAUCAGAGGACGGUAAGACUGAUCACCAUAUAUCUGCAACGCCAGCAUUGCAGUAUUCGAUACUUAUUACGACAGAAAUCGUGAUUACGAGCACGCAGUAUGUCCAUUUGUGUCAAGCACGCAGAAUUUGGAAAUUUCUUUGUAUUCGCAUUAUUGGAGGUGUCAAAUGAGAAAAAAAUACUUCAGAUGACAAAUAUUGUGUCCACUAAACAAUUAUGAGUUUAUGAGCAUCAUCAGUUUCUCAGCAAAAAGCAAUUUUCUGUGGAGAAGGUG